AUGCCGGACGUAUUCCUGUGCUUGCUCGCCCCGGCAGCCUUCUACCUGGCAUUUCAAGCAGCAGGUGACAGCGCUGGGCAGCGGCAAGCAUCGGUAGUCGAGCUGGAUUUUGAAGACAAUGUGUUGCGGGCCGCCAUCUCCGCCUUCUUGUACAUCGAGCGUCUGCUGGUCCCAGGUUGGCAGGCAAUUCCUUUCCACCCUGUCGCGCUGGAGGGCCUGGCUCCGACGGAGAGGCAGGGUGGAUGGGUGGCCUUGCUUUCCAUCAUGGCUUUCACUUUCUUGGCAGUCCUGACGCUGCCCCAUGGUUGCAGCAAGUGCUGGUGCCUCUGA